CCGGCGGCAGCGGCAGCGCAGGCUCGGUCCGUCCGUCCGCGCGGCUCGGGGUCUGCCCGGGGCUGCGGCGAGAACGGGCGCCCGGCUCCCUCCCCCGCCCGCCGCCGCUGUGAUUGGGUGGAAGAUGGCGCUGGGCGGAUGGAAAUCCUAAUGACAGUCUCCAAAUUCGCCUCCAUCUGUACCAUGGGCGCCAAUGCAUCGGCAUUAGAGAAAGAGAUUGGUCCAGAGCAGUUUCCAGUCAACGAGCACUAUUUUGGAUUAGUCAACUUUGGGAAUACCUGCUACUGCAAUUCAGUUCUUCAAGCACUUUACUUUUGUCGUCCAUUUCGGGAAAAAGUUCUAGCAUAUAAGAGUCAACCGAGGAAGAAGGAGAACCUUCUCACGUGCCUGGCAGACCUCUUCCACAGUAUCGCCACCCAGAAGAAGAAGGUCGGCGUGAUACCUCCUAAGAAGUUCAUAACGAGAUUGCGGAAAGAAAAUGAGCUUUUUGACAACUACAUGCAGCAAGAUGCCCAUGAAUUCUUAAAUUACCUACUAAAUACAAUUGCUGAUAUUUUGCAAGAAGAGAGAAAGCAGGAAAAACAAAAUGGCCGAUUACCCAAUGGCAACAUUGACAGCGAAAACAACAACAGCACAGCAGACCCGACGUGGGUCCACGAGAUUUUUCAGGGAACAUUAACUAACGAAACCAGAUGUCUUACUUGUGAAACUGUAAGCAGCAAAGAUGAAGAUUUUUUAGACCUUUCUGUUGACGUGGAACAAAACACAUCAAUUACUCACUGCUUAAGGGGUUUUAGCAACACGGAAACACUCUGCAGUGAAUACAAAUACUACUGUGAAGAGUGUCGCAGCAAACAGGAAGCACAUAAACGGAUGAAAGUUAAAAAACUACCCAUGAUUCUAGCUCUCCAUCUGAAGAGAUUUAAAUACAUGGAUCAACUUCAUCGAUACACGAAACUUUCUUACCGGGUAGUUUUUCCGUUAGAACUUCGUCUGUUUAACACUUCGGGAGAUGCAACCAACCCCGACAGAAUGUACGACCUGGUUGCCGUCGUGGUUCACUGUGGAAGUGGUCCCAAUCGAGGCCAUUAUAUCGCAAUAGUUAAGAGUCAUGAUUUCUGGUUAUUGUUUGAUGACGACAUUGUAGAAAAGAUAGAUGCACAAGCUAUUGAAGAAUUCUACGGGUUGACAUCAGAUAUCUCAAAGAACUCUGAGUCUGGUUACAUCCUUUUCUAUCAGUCUCGGGACUGAACGGCGACUGUGACGAGGAGAGACUCUCUGCCUCAGUUCUUCUCUGGUCACUUUAGAAAGGAUCAAGCACUGAUUUUUUUUUUUUUCCCAAGAAAAGAGAAAUGCAGGAAGCUCAGGGGCAGCAGCAAACUUUGCACAGAAUAAAGCAAAGACUGGAGGAACGGGCCCUUCCUGUCAUGGUAGUUG